UAAAAGUUUUAGAGUUGAGGGUAGGCAGCGAUAGGCUUAUAACUUUUAAGUCAAAGCAAAAGUUAAUAUAGUUAAUUGUCGAUCGUUCGUAUGAAUUAUUAACUGUGUAAUAUGUUGAUUUUAUUCUUCUAAUGUGUCUUAAUAUACUACGUAUAACAUCUCGAGUUAUAAAAUACAAUUUGUGAUCCUAGUGUUCGACACGAAAGUUGUGUUUUAAAUAUUAUUGUGAUCUAGACGAAAUAAAAAUAUACAAAAAUGCCUACUUAUGAAAUGCCAUUAUUAUUGCGAGUGGCAAAUAAGGCUGAAUACAUGACUGUUUUGAAAAACGUGGCAAAUUCAAUCUUUUCAACAGGUGGAUUUAUUAGGAAAAUUGAAAACUGGGGUGAGAAAGAUCUCCCAUGUAAAGCACAUACCGAUCAUGGAAAUUAUACACGAGCUGGUCAUUUUAUGUUUUCUUUUGAUGUUCCACCAGCCAGUGUAAAAUUAAUUAAGGAUGAUUGUAAAAGGAAUUUAGGGAUUAUCAAAGCAUAUGUAUAUAAACAAAAUGAACUAAAUAAGAAUAUGGAAUGUACAUUACAUGAUGAGCUAUUACCUCCACCUUACAGGCCCAGUGUUCAGAAGCUUUUAGAAACAGGCAGGAAAUUUAACCGUAAUAAAUUUGAAUCUAAUUCGGGUCUUGAUUAUUAUCCUUUCAAAAGAUAAAUGGACUAUUUUAAUUAUUGUAAAAUGUAGUAUGUAUGAUUUACAAAUAAAAAAAUAUGCAGUAA